AUGUUGGCCAAACACGUGUUUCACUGGGACAAUAGUGAGUGGUGCACACUUCCUUCGCCCGGCCACAGAACACCAAAAAGAGUUGCUGGUGUAACAAUAGGAAGAAUAUAUUCCACUCCUCUCUUGUACACGCGGCUUAUGAGAUGAACGCUGGUCAAGAAGAACGUCCCCUUCAGCAGCAGGAGGAUCCACAGCCCCCCCACAUUAAAGAGGAAGAGGAGGAUCUCUGGGUUACUCAGGAGGAAGAGUUUCUUCCAGGGCAGGAGGAGGCGGAUCUCAGCAAGUUUCCACCGACUGUUGUCUCUGUGAAGACUGAAGAGCAUGAAGACAAACCACCUGAGUCCUCACAGCUUCAUCACAGUCCAAACGUCUGUGAAGAACAUCUUCACCCUGAGCAACAGAAGUGGAGCUUCAGGAUGCAGACGGAGGAAGACAUUAAGAAGGAAGAGGAAUACCCACUGAUCCUCCAUUUUAAAGAGGAAGAGGAUGACCCACUGUCACCGCAUUUUAAAGAGGAAACAGUGGAUCCACUAAGUCCUUACGUUAAGGAGGAAAAGGUGGAUCCACUGACACCCCAUUUUAAAGAGGAAGAGGUGGAUCAACUGAGCCCUCACAUUAAGGAGGAAGAGGAGGAACACAGCAUCAGUCAGCAGGGUGAGCAUACUGAUUGGUUGGAGGAGUCCCCCGUCAUUGGUGUCCCUGUGAAGAGUGAAGAGGAUGAGGUCAAAGGUGAGAGUGAGGAGAGGGGAGGGGGGGAGCCUCCAAGCAGCAGCUCAACUCAACACAUGACAACAGAAGCUGAUGGAGACCACUGUGGAGGAUCACAAGCAGACAAGCUCUUAGCUCCACUAUCAGAUAGUGAGGACACAACGUCACACUCUCCUGACACUGAUGAUGAAGACUCUAAAGAUGAUAAGACAUGUCACACUGACAACACACACUUCACAUGUUCUCUCUGUGACAAAACUUUUAAAUCUCCUAGUAAAUUGAAAGUACACAUGAGAACACACACUGGAGAAAAAGCCUUUUCAUGCGCAAUCUGUGGUAAAGAUUUUACUCGAAGGCCCUCUUUCAAAGCACACAUGAGAAUACACUUUGGAGAAAAACCUUUUUCAUGUUCAAUCUGCGGGAAAGAUUUUACACAUAGGCCAAAUUUGAAAGUACACAUGAGAAUACACACUGGAGAAAAACCCUUUUCCUGCUCAGAAUGUGGUAAAAGGUUUGUAAUAAAUCAAAGUUUAAAAGUGCACAUGAGAACACACACUGGAGAAAAACCUUUUUCAUGUUCGAUCUGCGGUAAAGAUUUUACUCAAAAGCCCAAUUUCAAAGCACACAUGAAAUUACACACUGGAGAAAAAACGUUUUCAUGUUCAAUCUGCAGUAAAGAUUUUAUCCAUGGACACGAUUUGAAGACACACAUGAGAAAACACACUGGUGAAAAACCUUUUUCAUGCUCAGAAUGUGGCAAAGGUUUUGUAAUAAAUCAAAGGUUAAAAGUACACAUGAGAACACACACUGGAGAAAAACCUUUUUCAUGUUCAAUCUGUGGUACAGAUUUUAAUGUAAGGCAAAAUUUGAAUACACACAUGAGAACACACACAGGAGAAAAACCUUUUUCAUGUUCAAUCUGCAGUAAAGAUUUUACGCAGAGGCACGAUUUGAAGACCCACAUGAGAAUGCACACUGGUGAAAAACCUUUUUCCUGCUCAGAAUGUGGCAAACGUUUUGUAACAAAUCAAAGGUUAAAAGUACACAUGAGAAUACACACUGGAGAAAAACCGUUUUCCUGCUCAGAAUGUGGUAAAAGUUUUGCAACAAAUCGACCCUUAAAAGCACACAUGAGAACACACACUGGUGAAAAACCUUUUUCAUGUUCAAUCUGCGGUAAAGAUUUUACUCUAAGGCCCCUUUUAAAAUCACACAUGAAAACACACUCUGUUGAAAAACCAUACUCCUGUUCAAGAUGCAACAAAAGCUUUCGUCACCGACAAUCUUUCACAGUACACAUGAGAACACACACAAGAGAGAAAGUGUUGAGUUGCAGUGUGUGUGGUGAAAGAUUCUCCUAUAAGUACCAGUGUAAGAAACACAAGUGUGCUGGUGAGAACAGCAGCAGCAAAUGAAGAUGCAGGAUUUGAAAUAAACUGUCAAAACUUGAACUUUGACUUUUUAACAACAUCAGCACAUAUAACAUGUGUGACAUCAUUGUUGUGUGUGUAACACAAUCUUGUUAAUAUGAUUCUAACAUUUAUAGAUUAGACACUUCAGAUUAGUGCUUUUAUUUCAGUCAAGUACAUGAGUUAAUAUACACAUUUGUGUACUUUAAAAUGAACACAACAAUUUGACUGAAAAGGUGAGAAUAAACAGUACAUAAAAUAUGUUACAUACAAUAAACUUUUAAUGUGUAGAUAUUCAUAAUUCACUUUUAUACUUAUUCAUAAUAGUGUAUUAUAUAUGUUUUUUGAAUAAUGAAGUGUUAUAUAUUUUAUUUUCUACUUGUAGAUGAUUCCAUAGAUGAACUCCUUUAUAAGAUGUACAUAUUUGUUUUACAUGUGUUCAUACCUUUGCUUUUGAGUACACAUAAAUCCCUCUUAGUUCAUAUUUACUGGUUCACAUCUGAAACAUCUUCUGGGCCACUUCUGGAAGCUUAUUAUUAUUUAGUUUAUACAUCAUUUGAGCAGCUGUCUUUUAUAAAAUAUCAUUUACUUUUAAAAUGUGUGACUUUAUGAAUCAUUUGUUGGGUCUCUAUAAUCCAUUAUUUUAAUUGUCUUUGAUACUCUCUUGUGUAAUAUGAAUAUUGUUUUGUGAUUGUUUUAUAUGUAUGUCCCCAGACCUUUAUGCAAUAAACAAUGUAUGCUUCAACUAAA